AUGUUGGAAUUGAAUAAGGUGGCACUCCUGCUGUCUUUCCUGGCUUCAGCUGCUCUGGGCCAAGGAUCUGUGAGGACCAGGAGCCAGUCAGACAGGAGCAGGAGAGGGGUCCUCAACACCUUUACUGACACACAGACAACAGGCUUGACAGAGUGGACAUCUUGGUUCAACAUCGACCAUCCCGGGGGCAAUGGAGACUAUGAGCGGCUGGAAGCGAUUCGUUUCUAUUACAGAGAGAGAGUUUGUGCACGGCCCAUGGCCAUGGAGGCUCGCACUACAGAUUGGGUGGCAGCAUCAGACACUGGGGAAGUCGUCCACUCCAGUCUAGAUAAGGGCUUCUGGUGCAUCAACAAGGAACAGCCCCAUGGACAUGUCUGCUCCAACUACCAUGUCCGCUUUCAGUGUCCUCCAGUGCAGAGCUAUUGGACAGACUGGAGUGAGUGGGGUCCCUGUUCAGCCAUGGCUUGUAAUGAUGUAGGGAUCCAAGUCCGCCAGAGGAAAUGUGUCAGUACCCAGCCGAUGCCUCUCCUGUUGGUGCCAGCAUGCCAGGGGCACCAUUCAGAGAGGAGGGAGUGCUCCACCCCUCCAUGUUCAGCCAAGUGGAGUCCGUGGGGUCAGUGGGGGACAUGUUCAGUGACCUGUGGUGGAGGUCGCAGGAUUAGGAGGAGGACCUGUGUGAGGACCUCCGUAACAGUGCAGUGUACUGGACGGCCUGUUGAAAUACAGAAGUGUGGGAAGAGUCCAUGCCCAGCCAAAUGUCAGCGUGUGUGCACCGAGGGUCAUCCCAGUGAGGACUGCAGCCGCUGUGUGUGUGACGGCCAUGUGCUGCAUGGAGAAGUCCAUAGUGUGACUGGUGUCCCUGUGGCAGAUGUUUGGGUGGCACUGGCCAGCCAGCCCAAGGUUGUCCGUGCUCGUACAGAUGCCAAAGGUCAGUUCAGGCUCACAGGAUUUUGCUCCUCCAGCUCAACCUUGAUCAUCAUGAGGAAGGAGAAGUUUGCCCCGAUCACUGUCUCCACCUACAGUAAUGCCACUGGGUUGUCCUGGGUACGGGCCGUCCUCAAAUCAGCUGAAAAGCCGUACAUUGUGAAGCACCCAGAGGACAAAGUGCGAUAUGAGGGAGGACGGGUGCUGUUUUGCUGCAAGGCAACGGGAUCACCAGUACCUGACAAAUAUUACUGGUACCACAAUGGGACUCUGCUGGACAGGAAGGUGUACAAGUAUGAAGAGGACCUUGUACUGCGGGACCUGAAACUAGAGCAGUCAGGAGAGUAUUACUGCAAAACCAGCAGCCCCGCAGGCAGCAUCAAGUCCUCCCCAGCCUCCCUCACUGUGAUUGCAAAAGGAACACCAGCAUGCAAUUCCACCCCUGAGAUGCAUCUCAUCAGACUGCCUAUGGACUGUGUUCAACCCGGAACUGACUCCAAGCACUACAAUGCUGGUCGCUGCCUUCACAACAAAUGUGCUGGCUCCCUAGACUUUGAUAUACGCUGCAGAGAUGGAGCCGGAUUCUGCUGUGGGGUCCAAAAUAUGGAAAGUCGAAUCAUUGACUGUGGGAGUUACAAUCUCCCUAUCCGGGCUGUGACACAGUGCAGCUGUCAGGAGUGUGUGCAGCCGACUGUGCUUGUUCGUGGCAGAGUAGUCACAGCUGACAAUGAUGAGCCUCUGCGUUUUGGGCACAUCUACAUCGGUAAAGAGAGAGUCGGCACCACUGGAUACCAAGGAGGCUUCACAUUACAAAUUUCUCCUGAUACACAGAGAUUAGUCGUAAAUUUUGUUGACCCCAGUCAGAAGUUUCUUGACACUCCUAAGGUGUUCAUCUUUGACAAGAAAGGUGGAUCCAUCUACCAUGACGUGAAGGUGAUGAGAAAGCAGACACCAAUUGAUAUCGAUGCAGGAGAGACCAACUCUAUUAAUCUCGGAGAAAUUAAAGGGGAAGACCCCAUAGGGCAGUUGGUUAUUCCGCCCAAUUCCUUCCAUAAGGACAAUGGAGAAAUCUAUGAGGGGACUGUAAAAGCCAGCGUCACAUUCAUUGACCCUAGAAACAUCACCAUGGCUGCUGCAACGCCUGGCGAUCUCAACUUUGUGGACGAUGAGGGUGAUAUGCUACCUUUGAGGACCUAUGGCAUGUUCUCCGUAGACUUCAGAGAUGAGACCAACAAGGAAGUACUUGGAGCUGGAGCUGUACAAGUCCUCCUUGACACACAGCACGUCAAAAUGCAAGAGCAUAUUCCCAAAAUGAAACUGUGGUCUUUAAACCCAGACACGGGAGUCUGGGAAGAGGAGAGUGACUUUUCGUACACCAAAACAACUACCGGAGGUCAUGGGCGGAGCAAACGAGAGGAGCGCACAUUCCUCAUAGGCAACAUGGAGAUCAGAGAACGUAGACUCUUUAACUUAGAUGUGCCCGAAAACAGACGCUGCUACGUCAAAGUCCGGGCCUACAUGAGUGACAAGUUCCUUCCGAGCGAACAGCUGGAAGGUGUUGUGAUCAGCCUGAUAAACUUGGAGCCCAAGCCUGGAUAUUCAUCUAAUCCUAGAGCAUGGGGCCGAUUCGACAGUGUCAUAACUGGAUCCAAUGGGGCCUGUUUACCAGCUUUCUGUGAUGCCCAGAGGCCUGAUGCUUACACAGCUUAUGUUACUGCAAUGAUGGGUGGGGAAGAACUUGAGGCGGCUCCUUCCUCUCCCAAGAUGAAUCCAAACAUCAUUGGAGUGUCUCAGCCAUAUCUGGAUAAAAUAGACUAUCAGCGUUCAGACCAUGAGGAUCCAGCUCUGAAGAAAACAGCCUUUAGAAUCAACUUGGCCAAGCCUAACCAAAACAAUCUUGAUGAGACCAAUGGGCCCAUAUACCCGUAUCAGAAUUUAAUAGCUUGUGAAAAUGCCCCUGUUAAUGCAAAUCAUUUCAGAUUCUUCAGAGUGGAAAAGGACAAGUACGAAUACAAUGUUGUUCCCUUUGAGGAGAAUGAUUUGACGACCUGGACAGGAGACUACCUCUCCUGGUGGCCAAAUCCACAGGAGUUCAGAGCAUGCUUCAUUAAGGUUAAGAUCCAUGGACAGAAGGAGGUGAUGGUCAGGUCAAAGAAUCUGGGAGGGACACACAGAGAAACAAAAGGCAAACUUUACGGCAUUAGAGACAUUCGCAGCACCCGGGACAUGCGAGAGGCCAACACCUCGGCGGCCUGUGUGGAGUUCAAAUGCAGCGGCAUGUUGUUUGAUCAAGCUGAGGUGGACAGAUCCCUCAUAUCGGUCCUUCCACAAGGGAACUGUCGCAAGAUCAGCACCAACAGCCUCCUACAGGAGUAUCUCAUCAAACAUCCACCAGUUGCUCAAAACAAUGAGUCCCAUGCAUUCACUAUGCUAGCUCCUGUUGAUCCUCUGGGACACAACUAUGGCAUCUACACAGUCACAGACCAGAAUCCCAGGGUGGCCAAGGAGAUUGCCAUUGGGCGCUGCUUUGAUGGCACUUCAGAUGGUUUCUCCAGGGAGAUGAAGUCAGACUCUGGAGUAGCAUUGACCUUCAGCUGUCCUGAGAGGAAAAUUAACAGAGAAAGCCUCUUCCAGCGCCUGCAGACCAAUCCAGGUCAGACACUAGCUCAGAUGGCAAGGGAUAUGCGGGAGCUGGAAGGUCUACAGGUGCAGAGAUCAUCCACCCAGGUGGUGGCCUAUCCUUCAGAGCAGCAGGGCAGGACCCAGAGUCGCAGAGUCAGCUCUACAACCAGGAGGAGAAUGUCCAUUCGCACACAGCAGCGCCAAUAGAGAUAGUGGGGUAUUCUGUUGAGACUGAUAUGACGGCAUCAUGUCGAGGAAGUAAAAGUUGUCCAUCUGUUUAUGAGUAUGAACUCCCUCUUGAUGAAACUCAAAACCAAGGCAUAAGGCAAUUCAGCAAUUCAGCAAUAUCAUCAAGUUGAUGAAGAUAUUCAUUAGUCUUAAACUUGAAGGGAUUGAUAUAUUCAUUUCUUCCUUCUUUCCUAAAAGACAGACAUCAUUUUUUUUAUACCUAACAAAGUGAUUGGCAGUUAUUUAAUUGGCUUUGUUCUAACUUUCUGAAAUUAAUGGAAUAAAUUGACAGUUGAGAAUGUAACUUUUAUUAGACCUCAUUUGUGGCAUUCCACUUUCCCCAUGGUGGUUGUUUUUGCUGAUGUCUUUCCAUACUUGAGUUGAAACCAAACCUUCAAAAACUGUAAAUACUAUGCCAGGCCCCAAACACUCCAUAAUUGGCCAUUGCUUUCCACUGAACUCAUACUUCUCUUCAAGAUCAGAAUGAAUAAAACAUGAGGUCUUGUUGUCUGCAGCAGACACUGAGCCCUUUUUCUACAAACUGGGAUUCUCUCUCCACCAAUGGGACACACACUCGAAGGAGACAGUGGGGUGUGGCAUGCCAUCCUGGGAACAAAGGAUGUUUUCAGUCAUGCUUCUUAAUGUUUUUCAUUAGCAUGCCACAUUGCCAACAGUGAUUCAGCUAAAUGUCCUACUUAGAAUGUGCAAGACCAAGGCCUGCACCAAGACAGGCAUGGAUCUCACUAGUAGCAGAAGUAUAAAAUCAGGAUAAUUAAUUGCAAGGUAUGACAUAAUUUCCUUUUGUACUCUGCACAUUCCAAAUUAGCACAUCACCAAACAAAAUGUCACUCAAAAAUAUAUAUGUUACCCAAUAUUUCAUUUUCUUAGAAACUGUUACAGAGGCUCAUUCAGGGUCUAAAUUAACCUUUUUGGGUAAUGUGUUUUUGAGCUGCCUUUAUAUCAUGAAGUGCAAUAACUGUGUGGUAUAAUUUAACUUGAGAGUUAUUAAAAAUCAGCAUGUAACAAAAUAUUACAAUGCAUGAAAAAUGCUUCUGGUGAAUGAAAAAACAAUUUUUUCAGUACAUCCAGCCGGCAGUAUGGUUAGGGUGUUUGUAAGAGAUCUUGCACAGGACUCAUUUUGAGUAAUUUUCAGCAAAUAAUUUAACUGCUAUGUAAUCAUUUUUUGGCAUUCUGAGCUGCAUAAAAUCUAUUAACCUGUUCAUGCUUUGCUGCAUGACUCAGUUGAUUUUACAGUUUGUACACCCCAGUAAUCUUUUCAACUCCAGAGAGCGAUCUUGUUACUGUAAGUUAAAAACUCUAAGUGGUGCCUUCUCCUCAUUAAUAAAACCCACUACAUGAUAUCUGUGCCAUAGUUCCAUACUUAUGAAUUUACAGGCACUUUGACAGUAUGAGCAAUAGUAUCAGUAAAUUUUAAGUAUAAAUUUUGAAAGAUUUUCACACAGAUACAUUAUUAUAAUUAGAUAGAAGAAUAACAGGGUAUUUGAAUUGAAGUCAGUAAUAGGAAGAAACUUCACUCAGUGAUAAAAGCUCCAGACUUGUUUAUCUGCAAAUUGGGCUCUUGCAGACCCAUGGGAAAAGCUUAUCAAGCUGAACUAAUCCAAAACCAAAUAAGGUGGACUGUGGUCCAUGAAGAAACUAGGAGAAGCUGACAAGUAAAUAUAAGCCUACUGUUAAUUAGAAAAUAAAUUACAUAUUCACUUGAGAAGUAAUAAAACAGUUUGGCCCUGACUCUCACAAACAUGCAAACAAGUUCAUUUCCAGGAAAAAAAGGAUGAAGCCAAGUAAUGAACAUUAUACUGGGCUUAAGAGGAUCAUGGUCAAACAUAUUUACCAUCAAAAUGGCAUCCAGCCCACAGUGCAGUUAACUCGUAAAGGUGUUUCAGCUAAAUCCAUUUAAGCCUCGCUACUUUUAUAUUCCUAGCAAAAGGCAACAGUUUAUUUAUGUGAUAAAAGGUGCAAGUUGUGAAGUUUUCCAUAUGAGAACCAAACCUACACUUGAACUUGGCCCUUUGAAGAACAGUCUCUUUCCUUUAUGUACUGAGUAGCACACUCCAGAAAACAGAAAAAUAUAGAGUGACAACUUGUGAUACCUUCACUAUUAUCGCUGACCUCUCUAAUCAUAGGCCUGCAGGCUUUCUACAGGUUGAACACUUCAGAUCUCCAGAUUAAUACACACAUCUCCCUACAGCAGAAGUGGUAUCCAACCUCUAAGAAAGAUGAUGAUUGAAUCCAGGUGUGGGAAGAGAUAAGUCCCAUAAAAAUGCAAUGGUGUGUGAAGUCAGCUGAGGAGGCCCAACAGCUGUAGAGCAACUGGAGGAAAUGUUAGCCCAAAGACAUCAAGAUAAAGAGGAGCAAGAUUAUUUAGUGAUGGAUUAAU